UGCCGAGUGAUCCAACUCAUCUGUCCGGCCACGGUGACUAAAAGUGCUUCGUCGUGCCGCUGCGAAUCAAGGUUUAGCGCUGGAAAUACCUCGUGAAGUUAGGUCUCUUGCAGCGCAACUUCCAUGAGGCACGGUCUAUUCUGUUGUUUGAUCCUAAUCGGGAAAAUCAUUUAAAUACUUGUAAAUCAUUCAUUAAAGCAGAUAAGGCUCUUUCUAUUGGACUGUCAUUGCAGUCGCUACAUAGGAUUUACAAAUCUACAGAUGACCUUGUCUACAAAACAGUUACUUGCAUUUAGUUUCAACCUGGACACCAUUUAAACACGAUACGUCAUCUAGAGAAUGCGGAAGUUAUGUACUAGAGUCUUUCAAGAUUUUCACUUUCGUCCACCUUCUUAAGAAAACAUAUUCUUGAUACGUUUUGAUAUGGUGAUAUGAUUGCUUUCAUACUUUCAGUGAUGCUCACAUUUAUCAUUGAGUUGUAGUUAAUAUUCAACAUCAACAUCUUAGCAGGAAGGUCUGAAGUUCACAGGUGUGUCUUCAUUGUGGUUGCUGCUCGGGUUUCAUUAAUUGCUGUUUUGAUGACUUAAGAAAUUGAAACUUAGCUGUUGGAUUAUGCAUUUUCGUUUAUAAACACUUGUGAACGUAUAACAGGAUUAUAAGGAAGUUCAUUGAGGAAUAAUCUGGCUCUUCACUCCUGACGGUGCUAGUCCUGAGGAUCGUGCAGUACAGAGCAGCUGCUUCUAUAUCUUAAAGUUGGGUGUCUUUCAGCUUAAUCUUUUUAUGGCCAGUGAGCUUAGGAGAUAUAUCAGACAUACUUAACCGGCUUCAUAGUGACAUAGUGCGGAUUGCGAGUGAAAAAGUAAUAUCAGUUUGGAUUUUCGCGAUAUUUAUUCUUAACAAUGCCUUGCGUGCCGUGUCGUUGGUCGGUUCAAUGUGUGGAGGAUCAGGAAGGUGUUGUCAUGGUGAUUUGCAGUACGAGAAAGAGAAGAUCGUCAGUCAGUUCUGUAGAUGGCUACCCGACGGGUCGUAAGGGCAGCAAACGGCGGAAGAGUCGAACCUUGCCAGACCCACGCCAUGCGGAGCGGGACUCUAUCGUCAAGAACCACAAGGAGAUGUCUUCAGGCGUUGCCGAUCUUGACACAGGUGUGAAGAUUCUUAGUUUCACGCACACAGAACCCAUUGAAGUGCCUAGCUGCAAAGACCGGGAGACCAAAGUGAGCAUGAGGGCACAAACUCCAGACGCUACUCUGGACCUACAUGGUGCUGAUGAAGUCUUCUUAAGGCAAGAAGAUCUAUUCAAGAGUCUUGCUACAACCCUACCAAAUAUCACUAUUGCCAAAGAUGCACAGGGUACCACCCCAGUAGAAUUCCUAUCAGGGAAGGAUGUUGAUAAAGUGAGGAAGAUAGCUCUGAUAGAGCUGACAGCCAUGUUUGACAGGAUGGGCAUCGAGUUUGAACCCAUCAGAAAGUCAACCAAGAGGAGAGUCAAAGAGAAUGGUGUAUUUGGUGUUCCUUUAAGAAACCUCAUUGCCAACGAUAGAAUGUGGAGCCCAGAAACGACCACACCUCUCUUUCUCCAAAAAUUAAUAGGUUACUUAGAAAUCCAUGGUUUAAAUGAAGAAGGAGUGCUGAGAGUACCAGGUUCAUCAGCAAGGAUAAAGCAACUUCGAGAAGAGAUUGAGCGUGAUUUCUACGAUGGCAAGUUCAGCUUUGAAGACCUGCGGAUUAAUGAUGCAGUUGGACUUUUAAAGCAGUUCUUGAGAGAGAUGCCUACACCCAUCCUUACCUUUGAAUAUGUGAAUGCCUUUGCCAUGGUCGAAAAAAUCAAGGACCGGAAAAAGCAGCUACAGUGCCUGAAUCUCCUCGUCUUGGUGCUACCAGAUACGCACAGAGCAACGUUGAAGCUCUUACUCUCAUACCUAAGUCGCGUGGUGAGCAACGAGUCACAGAACAAGAUGUCAUUGAACAACGUGGCCAUGAUCAUGGCACCCAACCUGUUCUCUGGACGAGCCAUCUCAAGGAAGAAGUCACCUGACUACUCGGAGCUUCACAUAGCGGCGGGGACGUCAAACAUCAUGCGCAUGCUUGUCAAAUACCACAACAUCCUGUGGGUGGUUCCAUUCAGGAUGUUAGAGCAGGUGCGGAAGAUGUAUGAGGUUGACAUGAAGAGAGCAAGAGACUCCAAAUCGGUCAUGACGUUAUUCAAGAGAAGCAAAGAUAAGAGGAGUGGCAUCUAUGAGGAGGUUGAAGAAGGUAUCAUUCGAAUCCAGACGCCCGGUUCGGUGGAGAAGGUCCUCACGACGAUACAGCUCAGCGAGAGGACCACGGCGGGAGACAUCGUCGCCAAGUUCACCGAGGACACGCCCUUCACGAGUAUCGAACCAGCCCCCAUGAAGAGGAAUAGCCUCAAGAGACGGAGUAGAAAGAAAUCAAUGCAGAGGAAUUCAAGUUAUGAUAUGAUUAGCAACAUCACCUCAAGUAAAGCACCAAAGUUCUAUCUGUAUGAAGUUGGGGGUAGCAUAGGAGAGCGCUGUCUGGAUCCCGAGACGAACAUGAUGGCGCUGGUCAGGGUGAAUCCGACGGCGGAGUGGAUCAUCAGGUGUAGACCUACAUGAGGUCGAGGAACUCUCAUCAGACUCGUUUAAUCUUGAUUUAUAAAGUCUGUGAAGGAGACUGUUGUCGAUUGGGGGAUGCCGAGUCUCCCUGAUUGUCAGAGAGACCCCCUGAAAAUUGACAGAUUUUUUUGAGUGGAAAAACUGCAGAUUGUCAACAUCUACCUGAUUCAUACAUUGAUUUCUUUCAUAUCUAUGUGGAUUGUGUGUAAUCGAGUAAAAUCUCCCUCUUUCCUCAGUAACUUCUCCCUGAAAGGUAAAUGUUAAAGUUGGCAUCUCUGGAUUUAUCCCGAUACUGUGGAAGCACAGAGGAGAUUGUGUUGCUUGUACCAUUGUACUUUUUGUAUGUGUGAGAAAGACAAAGAGUGGGAAUGUUCAUGGAGCUUAGAUGAAGAUACUACAAGAAGCGACCGUAUGUAGAGAUCUUCCUGUGAGGAUUAAUAUUUUUGGUUGGUAACCAACUAACUUUACAUACCUGUCCUACACACUUCUCGAUCAGCUGCACAAGACUUUUCUUCUUUCCUGGAAGUGACUGUUCCCAGCGACACUUGCAGGUAGAACUGUACCUUGCAAUGUUUCCCUGUGGACAAGCAAGCGAUACUGGAAGGUAGAACUGUACCUUUCAUACAUCCCUGUGGACAAUCUGGCAACACCGGAAUGGCUUAGUGGUCCUUUGCAAUACUCUCUGUGAACAAGAUGGGUGGAAUCAGUCAAAAGCUCGUGCAGAACUUUAUGUUACCUCAACUGAAUUUUGAUAUACCAAGUUCACUCUCUACUUAGCAAAAGUAGACUAAUCUUCAAGUAAUAUUGCAAGGAAAGAUUAUAUAUUGCAAUCUUCAUUAUAUGUUUUGGUGGCGAAAUUGCAAUUUUUCAGUAGGGCAGUUCUGAUUCUAUAAAAGAUUGUGGUCAAAUGUUGAAAGGCAAUGUUUCCAAGAUAUUUCUUGCAAAUAGUGUAUGCAGGAUCAUUUUCUGUUUAGUAUGACUAGAUCACUUUGGUUUUGCAUACUUUAAAUAAUGCCUAGAGAUUGGUGUGUGAGAUGACGUCUAUAUGGUGCAAGUUUGUCCUUUUUUUUACCAGAUUUCAUCCAGGCAAAGUGUCUUUAUAUUGUAUUUUGGUAUGCGAGAGAUAUUUGAUGACAAAAAUAUUUAUCAUUUGCUACCGUAUCAUUAAAAUGCUCAAGUUACAUGCAAGAGAUAGUGCAAUGUAUUGGAGCAGUAAUUAUAUCCAAUCUUAUGUGAAUAACUGAUGAGAGAAAACAACA